AUGGCCGGCAUGGAGGUCUAUAAUUUCCGAAAUCCCAUCGCCUGUGUCGGGGGUUGGCGAGAUAUCUUUGUCGUUAUCGACCUGGAUCAACUGCUGACAUUCAAGGAACGUCUGAAUGCGGUCUUACCGGACAUAAAAUUUACAAUGGAGGAGGAAGAGGAUAACCAGCUGGCCUUCCUGGAUGUCCUCGUAUGCCGCAAAGAUUGUGGUGGACUAAACACCAAAGUGUUCAACAAAGCGACAAAUACGAUGCAAGUACUGAACUUCAACAGCAACCACCCAAUCAGCCACAAACGCGGUGUCGAAACGUACUGCAGUGAGCCGGAAGACAAGAUUGCCGAACUACAAUACCUCCGACUGGUCUUCAAAGUCAAUGGCUACCCGCGCAACUUUGUCAGCCAAUGCAUACGCAAAAUGGACGAAAGGUCUAACUGCACGGACACCAAAGCUUGGCGAGCGCUUCCAUAUGUCAUGAACGUUUCAGAAGAUGUUGGCCGCCUUCUCGCACCACUUGGAGAUGAAGUGACACACAGACCGGAGGCAACCAUCAGGCAUCAGUUAAUGAAAUCGAAAGACCCACUGCCACGGCAAGAAACGUCUGGAGUCGUUUAUCGGGUCUGGUGA